CCAUUUCACCUGACCAGCGCGUCGCGACAAUAAGCGCGAGCCUCGUUGAACGCGAACCACAACCUACUCACAUAUACCUUCGUUCUUGUAAUCCCGAGAUACUCGUCACGAUUUUUGUACUGAUUGCGAGAGAACUCUUUGUUUAUCCUGAAGCUCGAAAGCCUGAAAGCUUAUGUCCAUGAAUGCUGCGAAAUUUCGACCACGACCGCCGAUGUCAAAGGGGGAGCAGUCCCCGCUGAAGAAAGUGCACGUUGCGGCGCCAGAAUCGUCCGCUGCGGCCGUGGGUAGGGACGCGAGAAGGUCGUUGCACACACAUGGGCAACUGUGGAAGUGGACACUGACUUCGUCCGCCGUUGCGCCAUGUCGUGUACAGGACAUUUUUGCGCUGGAGGAGUGUGAAGGCACAAAAGGUGGAAUGGACCCGGACUUCUUUUGGUUGGGCCGCGUCCCCUGCCGCUCAGUCACCAUCUGUGGAGUUGUUGUUGGUGUGCAACAAUAUGAACAACGCACCUUAUACAGCUUGGACGACGGGACGGGCAUGGUUGAAUGCAAUUUGAGGCAUAAUCUCGUUCAACCUCCUGCUAGUCCCCGGAAAUCGGCCUCGCAUGCGCUGUCGAAAUAUCAGCCUCCGAAAGAAUCAGCUGCAGGAAGCAGCAAAAAUUCUGCGGAGCCGCCAAAGCCGGUGGCGGCAGUCGGAGACAUCAUCCGAGUUGUAGGGCGAGUCCUGAACAGACACUGGACUCGUAUUGUGAAUGCGGAGAGGAUUGCGGUAUGCAGAAGUCCAACUGAAGAGCCCCUCCACUGGCUUGCGGUAGCUGACCUGCACAAAUUGUGGUAUCAUCCUCCGAAUCCCGAGCUAUUUUUUAUACCAAAACCUGUAGCCCCAGCCACACAGUCCACACAAUUCUCUAAAUCUACGCGCGUAGCAUCUCAGCAAGCGCCCUCAGAACCAAGCAGUCCGUUGAAAGCGAGCAUUGCUAGCAGCGCUCCAUCAACACCCUCAUCCGCCACCACGACAAGCGUCCAUGGUCCCCACUCCCCUCCUAGGCUGCGCCAUCCUUCCCGUUUACAUUCACGCGACCUCACCGCAAAUACCUUCCGUAUCUACUUUAAGCACUACAUGGAUAAUUCUCCUCUAGAGAAACAGCGCCGACGACAGUCUUCACCCACACCUCAAACUCAGCGAACAGCAAGCGACAACGAUGAGGAGGAUCUCGAGAAGCUUCGGGCUUGGCUCCCCAGUGAACCAGAGACGCCUACGAAGCAGCGGCGCAAAGGACAGGAAAGUUCUGAAAGACUGCCUGAGCCGACACCGAGACCAAACAGAUUACGGCUGAACUCAGACUGGACCCCUCGCCCCAAUGCCUCCACUGUAGAUGAUGAUUUGCGAGGCUUCACCCUCUCCCACCUGCGACGUGUCCCCGAACUAGCACUACUCGCCAAACGCGUCGUCGACGCCGAGGCCAAGAGACGUACGCGGGAGGAGCGCAAGAAGGUGAAGGAGCAGACUCAGCCCUCGUUAAGGGGCAAACACGCCUCGCCAACGAAGUCGUACCGCACGAGCGCGACGUCCGUUAAAGCGAGCGUGGCGUCGGCCAAGCCUGGCGAGCCAAAGGCGGCGAAGAUGAAGCGACUCUUCCGGUACACGAUCCGGCAGCUCUACGACGAGGGGAGCAUCGUGCUCUGGGACGGCCCCGUGCGGGCGAUGCCCCUCGCUCCUAUACCCGCACCUGCAUUCUCGGCGGCGGCGUCUACAUACGACUCUCAGAAGGAGAACAAGCUGUGGAGGGCCAAAGAUAGCCAAGCCAGCAGUGCCUCGCAGGAGGCACGCGAUCCACUCGACGGUGAUGGAGAGUUGAGCGAUCCACCAGAAGACGAGGACGCGUAUGUCCCACUUACAUCGGCAUACUUGUGUAAGAUUGUAGAGGGGGCGAUCGGGGACAUCAUAACAAAGCCUAGACAUAAGAAGGCGGGACCUCCCCCUGGUCCGACCCCGGAGGAGAUUACCAGCCACCUGCGUCGCCGGGACGAGCGGUGGGCACGUGUAGGAGACUGGGCUAUCAAGGACGCGUUAGAGUGGGGGAAGGAGCAAGGUCGGGUGUGGUGUAUUGGGGAUAACAGAUGGGAAGUGUGUGGUUGAUCUUACGGGAUAUUCGCGCGGAAUAUAAUCUGGGCACAAGAUUGUCUAUUUAGUACAUUUGAUUACUUACAUCACUGUGAAGCUACGUCACGUCAUUUCUGUUGUAUCGACAGCACUGUGAACUCUUCAUCUGUACACUGAGGCCAGAAUGUCUCUUCCAGCUCUAUGACACGACCCCAGAUCUCUUCCGCACGCAGCCAGGCCUCGGACCCUGGCUUGAUGCCCAGCCUGGACGAAAGCGUCAGAGCAGUGAUGACUUGGUGAAGACACACAACCUACGAGUCUACAAGGUGUGCAAGAUCAUCCACAAAUUUUUCGAACUCGGGGCUGGUCCAGUUGUCGACAAACAUCCGGACAGCAUCGUUUGUGAGCGAAGACUUCACGCUGGCCGCGGACGAUGCCGUCGAACCAACGUAUUUCCAGGCAUCCAAAUAUACCUGUAAUAUAGGAACCAUAAUUAGACACAAAUAGCAAAUUUCG